UAGGCUUUGAUUGAGAUCAACGACGAUUUCGUCUCGACUAAUCUCGUAAAUGUCGUCCCCAGAGAAGAAGAAGAGGAAAACGAAACGCUCGUUUACAUGGUCACCGGAAUCGACCCCGAAUCCGUCACUUCCAGAUGAUUUGAUAGUGAAAAUUUUAGCCCGCGUCUCGAGAUCGCAUUACCCAAAUCUCUCCUUAAUCUCCAAAAGCUUCCGCUCAAUCCUUUCUUCACGGGAGCUAUACCAAACCCGAACCCUCUCAGGUCGAGCCGAGACUUUCCUCUAUGUGUGCUUACGCUUCCCUGAUGAAGCUAACCCCCGCUGGUUCACUCUCUACCGGAGACCUAAUCAAACCCUGACUAAGAAGAAGAAGAAGAAGAAGAGAGAGGAUUCAAGUGUUCAUCUUUUGGCUCCAACCCAAAUUCUCAACUCUCCUCAUGUGGAAUGGUUAAGUCUAAUCGCUGUUGGUUCUAAUCUUUACGCCAUUACAGCAUCCAUCAAAGAUUCUCUAUGCUCUAACGUUUGGUACCUUGACUGCCGAACUCACACUUGGAUUGAAGCUCCAAGAAUGCGACUGGCUCACACCAACAGUGAACUUGAUGGGAAUGUGUAUUUUGCAGGAAGCUCUGAAAGUCCACAUUCUUUGAACUGUGUUGAAGUGUUCAACACAAAGACUCAAACUUGGAAUCCCGUGCCGCCUGAAAAUCGGAUACUCAAUUUCAGAAAUAUGCAAGGGAAGAUUUACAUAAACCUAUUUGCAGAGUAUCCUAGGAAAGCUGUGGCUUUAAAGCCAAAGGUUAUGACAUGGGAAGCGGCAGGUUUGGAUACGGGUUUUGAUCAGGGUUCUACUUCUAUCUGUGUGAUAGAGAACACAACCUAUUGUUAUGACCCUAUUGGAAAGUUUAGAUGGAUGAAAUUUAACUGUAUGGAAGGAGAUUGGAAAAGAUUAGAGGGUUUACAAGGGCUUCCUAAGUUUGCUAAGUAUAGUACUGUUAAAUUAGCAGAUUAUGGUGGUAAGCUGGUUGUUUUGUGGGACAAGUAUGUGCGUGUGCCUGCAAGUAAGUAUGAGGAAAAGAUGAUUUGGUGUGCAGAGAUUUCACUUGAUAUGCGCAACAGUGAAGAGAUUUGGGGGAAGGUCGAGUGGUGCGAUGCGGUUCUUAAAGUCCCUAAGUCUUAUAAAUUCGUGUGUGCCAAAUCUGCUACUGUUUGACAGGUUUGAAAGUAAUGAAUCAACUUAUUACCUCUUUCUUGUUUUUAGUUAUGUCGUAAAUGAAGGAAUGAUUUGUGGCUUUCGCGUAAUGCAGUUGACAUGUCUUAGCUUUCUUACUCAUUAUCUCAUUCUUUACUCUAAUUUUUGAUGAAUGACUCAUGAGACUAGCGGGUAAUGUCUUUUUGGUUCUGAA